UGACAUUGAAAAUUGAACCCUUAGACCAUCGUUUCAAACGUCAAUAUUUUACCUAUAAAUCGAUAUAUUAAUAAACUUGUGAUUAAAGGCUACACUGUAGUAAUUCACUUUCAUAUUCUGGUAUAUAUUCUUAGUAUAUAAACCCAGUAUGUUUGAAAUAAAUGAUUCAUAUUUCAGAGGCUGAGAUUAGUGUUGUGCACUUAACUGGUUGUGCUAGGCAGAUAAAAGGAUGGACAAGUACUUUAGACUGCUCAUACGGUCUCCGUGUGUCACUGGUCCGACCGAUAACUCAGCAGCAUUUUGUCAUUCGUGAUUAUCAGUUCUAUUGAAGUUAAAAGAAUGUACGUUAUGGUUGCAUACUGUGAAAGUGAUCAAAGAGCUACCAGAAAUGAUCUCGAUCGUCUUCUAAGAAGGAAGAAAGUAUCUUUGAUCCAGAAAUGAAUCAUCUUCUAGCUAAAAAGGUACCAGAAGGACAGUUGCUAUUUUCAUAUCGUUGGUUAUUAUUAGACUUUAAACGAGAAUUGCAAUAUAAUGAUAUCUUUCCAGUAUGGGAAACAAUAUGGGCAUCACGUCAAUUAGUCACUUAUGAUUUUGGAAUAUUUUUCGCUUUAGCAUUAAUUGAAUAUUAUCGUGAUAUUAUCAUUUAUUAUAAUAUGGAUAUAACAGAAAUUAUACGAUUUUAUAAUGAAUUAACAGAACAACAUGAUUGUGUCACACUAUUAGAAUUGGCACGUAGUUUUGUCUUUCAACUACAACAUUUAAUGGUAGAAAGGUGA